AUGUCUUAUCUUGGCAUUGAUAUAGGCACAACGUCUUGUAAAUUGUGUCUAAUCAACAAUGUCAAUAAUGAAAAAUUGGCUGAAAAAUCUCUUGUUCACAACGCUCAUGUUGAUCAACCAUCUCAUCCAGAAUAUGAUGAACAAUCACCACUAGUUAUUGUUGAAAGUAUUAAACAACUGCUUGACUCUGUAAAAGGUCAUCCAGUUCAAUCGAUUCAACUAUGUGGUCAAAUGCAUGGCAUUCUCUUUUGGCACUCAAAUGAUUCACUAAAAAUUGUAUCGAACCUAAUAACUUGGCAAGAUCAACGUUGUUCAAAAGAAUUUCUCGAUUCUCUCUCCUCCAAAACAAAAAUGUCAGCUGGUUAUGGUUUAGCAACAUACUCAUGGUUAAAACAGAAUAAGAGUGAAUCAAUCAAGAAAUAUGAUCGAUGUGGAACAAUAAUGGACUAUAUUGCUGAAUUAUCAUGUUAUUCACAGAAUACAUCGUUUAUAUCUACUCAGAAUGCAAAUAGUUGGGGUUAUUAUGAUAUAAAAACAAAUACAUGGGAAGAAAAUGGCUUAUUUGAUUAUUUACCAAAUAUUGUUCAGCCUGGCACGAUUAUUGGUCAUACAUCUUCGAAAUCAUGUUUUUCCUCCUAUUUACCAGAAAAUAUUCCAGUUUUUGUUUCAUUAGGCGACUUACAAUGUUCAGUUUACAGUUGUUUAGAAAAUGAUAAGAAUGAUUGCGUCUGUAAUAUAUCAACGUCGGCACAGCUUUGCGUCACCAUUGAAAGAAAACAUGAAAUGAACAAAAAUUUUAAAGAAGAUCAAUUAUUAUCAUCUUAUAUUAGAGUUCCCUAUUUUGAUAAUAAUGAUUUAUUAGUUGCGGCAUCACUCAAUGGUGGAAAUGUGUUAACAUCAUUUAUUCAAAUGAUUGAUAUGUGGUUAAAUGAACUAAUACCAAAUUCUUCGUCAUUUCUCUCUAUUCAAGAAUUAUGGUCAAAGAUAAUUCAAUUAGGUUUAAAAUCAUCUUCAUGUCCAUUACUUGAUUUAUCAGCUGCUUUGUAUGGUGAAAGACAUGAUCCUGAUAUGUGUGCAUACAUUCAAAAUAUUAGAUUUAACACAAAUAUAAACAAUAUUGGACUUGUAUUUCGUUCCAUUUGUCAUUGGAUAAUUCAAAAUCUGUACACAAUGAUAACAAAACAAAUUUUAGUAGAAACAAAUACACAACGAAUUAUUUGUACAGGAAAUGCACUGAUUAAAAAUCAAUUAUUACAAAAUGAAUUAAAAUUGAUAUUUUCAGAUAUGAAUGUUAUAUUUAAUCAUAAUUCGGAUGCUGCAUAUGGUGCUGCUUUAUUUUGUUUGCAUCAUCAAUCAAAAAAAUGA